AUGACCUUUGAAUAUGAUGAAAAUAAUCGUAUUAGUGGUUUUACCCUAUCAAUUUCUGUACCACCUUAUUCAAGACCAACUUAUUCAUUUGUGCUCGAUUGGGAGAAGCAAAAAAGACGAAAAAGGUCGUUAUCAAAUGAAAUGAAAGUAAAAAGUAAUAAUAUAGAACAUUUAAGCUCAGAAAGAACAAUUAAGGAUGAUAAUUCAUUUUCGUCAGCAGAUAAUUCAACUAUCAGUAAAUUAUCAACGAUGAAAGAUGAACAAAGAUUUAGUAGAAAUAGCUAUUCUGAAUCCGAGCAAAAGAUGCAAAAUGAAGAGAAAACACAAUGUGAUAGUACGAAAAAUCAAACUUAUGAUAAUUUGGAAAGUUAUAAACAAUCAAUCGAUCAUAAUAUCAAUCGAUACAAAGAAUUGAAUAAUACGCUCCGAUCAAAAAAGCAUCGCCGUGAUUCAAUGAUUCAAUUAAAUGUAAUCAUUCGACAUUAUGCAAAUAAUAGUGAAAUAAUUGAAAAUUUUAUUACUGAUAAAGUGAUAAAUUCAUUAACUUUAAUUGAUGCACUCAGAUUUGUGCUUCGUAAUGCAACGAUUUCAUUAAUUGAUAAUGAUUACGGACGUCUAUAUUUAUUUCCUGAUAACAAAACCAAUGAUAAAGUGCAUGAAUUACGAUAUGAUCGAAAUCGUUAUAAAUUGUUAGCGAAAUUUUGCAAAUUCAAAAAUGAAUGUACAUUAUUACUCGAUUUAACUAAUACAUUCAUCAAGUAA